AUGUCCAGCCUACAGAUCCUGGAUCCGCGAAGUGAAGCCAUCAGUCGUUAUGGAGACGAGCCAAUAGAGUCCCAGGAUGAAUUCAAUGGGGUCGGCGCAUCAACCAACGACCGAUGGGCCGCGCUCUGGAACGAGGGGUUCAUCCCCUGGGAUCAGGGACAGCCGCAUCCCGCGCUAGAAGACACGCUGCAGACGCGCAAGGACCUCCUCGGGGAAUCGGUCUUCGUGCAUGACCCCGUGCUGGGUCGCCAGCGCCGCAAGAGGGCCCUCGUGCCGGGUUGUGGUACAGGGUACGACGUCCUGCUUCUGGCUAGUUUUGGGUACGAUGCUGUGGGCCUGGAGGUCUCGGCUGAGGCGGUGCGCGUUUGUCAUCAGUAUGCGCGGGAGAACGGUGAGAAGUAUCCUGUGCGGGAUGAAAGCGUUGGUGCUGGGCGGGUGAGGUUUGUUGAGGGGGAUUUCUUCAAGGAUGAUUGGCUUAAGGAGGUGGUUGAGGGGGAGCAUGGGUUUGAGCUUUUCUAUGAUCACACGUUUUUCUGCGCGCUGAACCCAUCCAUGCGCGCUUCGUGGUCACUCCGCUACUCCCAGCUGAUCUCGUCUCAGCCGGACAGCUGUCUUGUCUGCUUGGAGUUUCCGACGAACAAGCCCCCCGCCAGCGGGGGCCCGCCUUUUGGAGUGGCACCGGAGGUGUACACCUCUGUCUUGGAACCUCCUGCUGAGGAGGGAGCGCAGUCAGGCGAGUCGCGACGGUAUUUCCGGAGAAUUGCGCAUUGGCAGCCUGAGCGGACUCAUGGGAUGGGUCAGGGGUCUGACUGGGUGAGUGUGUGGAAGAUCAUCUAG